UCACCGCUUCACUCUGACAGCUGUCUGAGCAGAAACCAACAAAUCCUCACUGAGAGCUUCUUCAAGAACAAGAGCAAAAUGAAAUCUGCUGUAGCUUUUGUUGUUCUUUGUCUGCUUAUGCUGCAUGUACAAGGUCAGGCCAGGCUGAGCGCAAAGAGGUGCUUAUGUCAAGGUUCUGGGGUGAACAUGGUUCGUCUACAACGUGUUGAGAAGGUUGAAGUUUAUCCUCCUGGUCCAUCUUGUGAAAAUGUGGAAAUUAUUGUCACUUUGAAGAACAGUGCAGGACAAAAAUGCUUGAACCCAGAAUCCAGUUUUGCCCAGAAUUACAUCAAGACAGCCAUUAAAAAGAGGAGUCUGUCGUGAAGCCUGUGACACAACAACAGUGACUAUGUGGAAGAGAAGAUUGUGAACACUGAUCACUGAGACAGUCAACCCUGCUGACUGUAUAUAUAGUUACCUCACAUAUUUAAGCUUCUUCAAAUAUACAUAUAAAUGUGCUUAAACUACUUGUAUAUUGUAAAUACUGUAAAUAUGUCUAAAGUUUAAUUUAUACAAGUGAUGCUGUUAUAUAACUAUAUACUGUGAGAGCUUUAAUAUACAGACUUUUCUGAAACACUCAGUAAAUUUAUUUUUUAUCUACUUUGUUGGGUUUGUUGUUGAUGUCUGAAACAUAAUAAACUGCGCACAUGAAGGUGCCUGAAAUCUACA